AAGAAAUUUCUUUUGUAGAUUUUCCAUUCGUUGUCUUUGAGAGUUAUAACUUUUCUUCAUAGUAUCAGAGUGAUGGAUGAGGAAGGGCACGUGCGUCUUACAUUGGAAUUUGUGCGUAAAUUAAUAAUCAAAGAUGAACCUAACGUGGAGAUUACCAGUUUAGAAGAAGAACUCGGUUCAGGAAGAGGUGAUAAUUAUACAUCUAUGUUGUACCGCAUUCGUGCAAAAGGCCGAAAACAAGUAAGGAGCUGUGAAUGGAUCAACUACGAACGAGCUAUCAUUUACAAAGUCUUACCACGUUCAAGAGAACAUCGUGAAGCUUUUAAAAGCGAAUUACUAUUUCAAAACGAAGUAGCUUUUUAUACGUAUGUGUGGCCAGCUUUAAAUGAAUUACAGAAAAAUGGUAGAAAAGUUUUUAGUGGAGUUGCAAAAAUAUACGCAGCGCAAAUCGAUAUAAUUGCUAUGGAGGAUUUAAGAGAAAGGGGCUUUAAAAUGGCAGAUAGAAGAAAGGGAUUACAACUUGAGCAUUUGAAACGAGCGUUGAAAGCUUUAGCGGGUUUUCAUGCACUUAGUUUAACCCUUAGAGAAACGAGGCCGGAAGAAUUUGCAAGAUUAACGGAUCCAAAUGGAGGACAGGGUAUACAAGAAGCUCUUUUCCGAACAGAAAAUGAGGAUUGGUAUCGCCAAUAUUAUCAAGCUGCUGCUAAGAAUGCCAUCAGAAUGGUUUCUGAUGCCCUUCCUACACACAUGGAAUCAAAGAGAGUAGAAAUAAUGGAGAAACUACGAGCGUUUCUUAAUGACGAUGUUUUUUUUCGUACUAUGAGUGAAUUAGCAGCUAUGCAAGGACCACUUACUGUUUUUUGUCAUGGUGAUUGUUGGACAAAUAAUAUUUUAUUUAAGGAUGACUUGACUAGACCAAAUGAAGAAGUUGUCUAUUUAGUUGAUUUUCAACUAUCUCGAGUUGGCUCUCUUGCCCUUGAUCUUGCGAAUUUGUUGUACUGCUGCGCAAAUGGAGAAAUUAGGCGAGCACACAUGACACAACUUCUUCAACAUUAUCAUUUCCAUCUAAUGUCUUCGUUACAUACGCUUAAUCCAGAACAGCCACCAAAAGAUCCAUCUGUGAUGUGGGAGCUAUUAAACGAAGAAAUGCGACGAUGUGGGCGAUUUGGCGUAGGUCUUGCAUUAGAUAUUUUACCAAUUAGUACAUGCGAAAGUGAAGAGGCACCAGAUUUAUAUGAAAGAUCAGAAACAAGCAAAGGAAAGCAAAGCACACGAGCACCACCACGAGGAGGAGCCGAGUGUGCGCGACUCAUGACUGAUUUAGUUUUGGAACUCGUCCACAAUCAUGCUUUAUAGGUUGAAUUAUAUAAAAUUUUUAUGAAUAUCAUUCAUAUAUCUCACUUG